UGGGGACUGAUGGAGGAAGGAUCAUUGAUGGAGGUGAUGGAGAGAGGGGAAGGCUCAUUGAUGGAGGUGGGGAGGGAAGGUUCAUUGAUGGAGGUGGGGGAGGGAAGGUUCAUUGAUGGAGGUGGGGAGGGAAGGCUCAUUGAUGGAGGUGGGGAGGGAAGGCUCAUUGAUGGAGUGGGAGAGGGAAGGAUCAUUGAUGGAGGUGGGAGAGGGAAGGCUCAUUGAUGGAGGUGGGAGAGGGAAGGCUCAUUGAUGGAGGUGGGGGAGGGAAGGCUGGUCCGUGUAGUCUGAUUCAAUAGAAGAGCUACUGGAGCUCCAAUUACAGAAAAUUUGA